CGCCUCGACCUUAGCGGCAUCGGCUCCGCUCAGGCCAUCCUUGCGGGUCACCUUCGUCCUCCGCGCGAGCGCCUCGACCUUAGCGGCAUCGGCUCCGCUCAGGCCGGGAAUGGCCUGACUCCGUCCCCCAGGAGCCGCUGGAAACACCGUGCCAAUAGCCCAGGGCGGUGCAAAUCGGCUCAGCCAGGGGACGUGGCGUGUGUCCUAGAGUGCAUUAACAACCAGCUCGCUGCGCUGCUGGAUUCAGGGCUAAGAUUCCACUACGUAGCUGCAGGAGAAAGGGGCAAACCGCUCAUGCUGCUGCUUCAUGGCUUUCCAGAAUUCUGGUAUUCAUGGCGUCAUCAAUUGCGAGAAUUUAAAAGUGAAUAUCGAGUUGUGGCACUGGACUUGAGAGGCUAUGGAGAAACAGAUGCUCCUUCUCACAAAGAAAAUUACAAGUUAGAUUGCCUAAUUACAGAUAUAAAGGACAUUUUGGAAUCUCUAGGGUACAACAAGUGUGUGUUGAUUGGCCAUGACUGGGGUGGAAUGAUCGCUUGGUUGGUUGCUAUCUGUUACCCAGAAAUGGUGACUAAGCUUAUUGUGGUUAAUUUCCCUCAUCCCUCUGUGUUUACAGAAUAUAUUCUACAGCAUCCUUCACAACUGAUUAAAUCUGGUUACUACUUCUUUUUCCAAAUGCCAUGGUUUCCUGAAUUCAUGUUUACAAUAAAUGAUUUCAAGGUUCUGAAAAACCUGUUUACCAGCCAGACCACUGGCAUUGGAAGAAAAGGCUGCAGAUUAACAGCAGAGGAUAUUGAUGCUUAUCUCUACAUCUUUUCUCAACCUGGAGCGCUAACUGGACCAAUUAACCACUACAGAAAUAUUUUCAGUUGCCUACCUCUGCAGCAUCAUGAGGUCACCAUGCCUACUCUGUUGCUAUGGGGAGAAAAAGAUGCAUUUAUGGAAGUUGAAAUGGCAGAAAUUACACGGAUUUAUGUUAAAAAUCAUUUCAGGUUAACUAUUUUGUCUGAAGCCAGCCAUUGGCUCCAGCAGGAUCAGCCUGACAUAGUGAACAAGUUGAUAUGGACUUUUUUAAAAGAAGACGUAACAAGAAAAAGAGAGUGACUUUUCCCACGUGUUUUAAGAGGUCUUCGUAAAAGCUCUUAAUUUAAAAACUUAUUGUUAUCAGGGCCAUAUAUCCAGCCUACCUUCUAUUUUGGGUUCUGUUAGAGAAAAGUGUUUUCAAUACACUGUAAAUAUUUGAACACCAAUGUUAUUACUAAAAGAAAAUGAUAGUGUGAGAUUAUAUAAUGUUAAAAUUGGUUUUACUUGUAUACCUGUCUUUUGCACAUAAAAACACAUGCCUUAAGAUGUAUGUAUUUGUACAGUAUGGAAAUCAUGGAAAGUUGCUUGGUUUUGAUUUCUUUCUUGCUUUACAAUUUUAAUGUGUGGUGCCUUUUACAAAUUUAUAAUGAAACAAUGGAGGGGUGCCAUAUAAAAUGAAAUCAUAUAUCUAUCAGUUUUCAUUCUACCAGCUGAAUUUUUUUACUGUACUUGACCAUUUAAAAUGUUUUUAUUGACUGCAUUUUAAUGUAUCAGGCAAAAGAAAAAUUUCUGCGCACAUUUGUAGUCUUCAGGUGAUAACUCAUACAUAUCUUGUAUUGUCAAAUAGCAGCUGCUUUUUAUGGCGUAUUUUUCCUAAUUGAAAAAAAAGUAGAAAUCUGUACACACAACCUGUCUGAACAAGUAGAAUGGAAGAGCUAUAUUCAUGACAUGUAUCAAAUCCACCUAUGUCUAAUAAAAUAUAUCUUAUGCCCUUCACCUGACUCUUUACAGAGAUACCGUAUUUCUUACUGAAGGUGAAUACUAACUU